AGAAACAUGGCGGGACGCGGGAAACGAAAAUCCAAAUCUCCAGCAGCUGAGGUCAAAAAAGCACGAGCAGAUCAGGUGGAGUCUGAAGAAGUCUCGGGGUUGGAGUCAAACGUGAGAGCCGAGUCAUCUGUACCCCAGAAAGUGAGAGAUGAGGUGGAGCGUCUGUACAAGUUGCGCAUGCCUGAUGAUUUCUAUCAUUUUUGGGAUUUUUGCAGCCGCCUAAAUCCUGAAAAUCCACAAGAUGCUCUGAAGGAGAACGUGGGGUUGAGGUUGGUGGGACCGUAUGAUAUUGUGAGUGGUAAACAUAAACUGGCCUCCAACACACCCGACUUUAAUCUGCACUGGAGGCACUACUAUGAUCCUCCUGAAUUCCAGACUGUGCUGCAGGGCGACACUGAAACACUCCUGCACCUCGGCUACUACAGAGACAUUCCUGACUCUUUGCCUGUGUUUGUGGGGGAGAAUGAAGCGAAGAAAGGCUGCACCAUUACACAAAUGGGAGAGAAUCUCUUCGCUGCUGUAUUGUUGUUGAUGCGCAGGAAGAGACGCACGGGAGGUGGGCGGGGUAACGAAGCUCUUGAAAAGCUGGAGGCGGAGUUAAAGAAGGAGGCAGAGCGUCUGGGUCUUCCUCUUGAACAGAAAACCAAAGCCAUGAAACAGAGAGACAAGAAGGUGGUUACUAAGACAUUUCACAGUGCUGGGAUUGUGGUUCCUGUCGACAAAAAUGACAUAGGAUAUCGAGAACUUCCCGAAACUGAUGCUGGACUGAAGAAGCUGUGUAAGGCGAUAGAUGAAGCUGAGGAUGAUGAGGCGAGGAUGAAGGCGUUUGCUCCUCUACAGGAAAUAAUGACGUAUGUACAGUUCGCCAACGAUGAGUGUGAUUAUGGGAUGGGUUAUGAACUUGGCAUCGACCUCUUCUGCUACGGAUCACGGUACUUCUCGAAAGUGGUCGGGCAGCUCUUGCCGAUGGCCUACAGUCUUUUGCAGAGGGGCGUGUUUUCUGACAUCAUACAGGCUCACCUAGCCAACCGUUCUCAUGACAACAUAGAUCAGCUAGCUUCCGCUACUUGAGAGGGUCGAACUUCACGUGGCCCGGUCGAUUCAUGAGUCUGUUCCUACAGUUGGAGUUGAGUACAUGACUGGUUUAUCUGAUGCACUUAUAGGAAGUGGUGAUCCGGUCAGUUCAGUUCAGUGGAAACGUUCUGCACACACACAUGCACACACACAUGCACACGCGCGCACACACACACACACACACAUUUUAUGUGUAAAUGAGUCAUAAACUUAAUAAAUUCUAUUUUCAAUUCAA